ACAAGGUCCAAAAUUUAGGGGCGUGGCCAUUAGGCAUCAGGAAAAAGUUACCUGUUGAAAGGUCCUAUCCUUUCUGUUCCCCACUCUUGCAGCUACCCCUACCGGAGAGCCGCAGACUGUUAAUCCUCUUCCGAAAAAGAGCCCAAAACGAUAGAGCUGCAUGGCCUCCGCGGUCUGGGGAAGUGCCCCCUGGUGGGGCCCGCCACCUCCGGCCCCAGCUCGACCGCUCACGGACAUCGACUUUUGCUCUGGGGCUCAGCUUCAGGAACUGACCCAGCUGAUUCAGGAGCUGGGUGUGCAGGAGAGCUGGAGUGACGGGCCCAAGCCGGUGGCAGACCUUCUUCGGGCCAAGGACUUUGUCUUCUCUUUGCUUGGUCUAGUUCACCGCCGGGACCCCCGUUUUCCUCCCCAGGCAGAGCUCUUGCUUCUUCGUGGUGGGAUUCGCGAGGGCUCCCUGGAUCUGGGGCACGCACCCCUGGGUCCCUACGCCCGGGGACCUCAUUACGAUGCUGGCUUCACACUCCUAGUGCCCGUGUUUUCGCUGGACCGCACUGAGCAAGAGCUGCAACUGGACUUGGAAUCUUCUUACGCAUGGCUCCGCCUUCCAGACCUAGUGUGUGGAAACUCCGUCCGAGAAACGUGGCAGGAUUGCCUAGGACCUCCAAUUUCAGGAGGACAUAAUUUGAUUCACCGAAUCGAGAGUGAAGAAAGUACCAAAGACUGGCAAAUCUCGGCGGACCAGCUGCAUGGCUACGUCACUGGGCAUGAGCCGCCAGUAUCUUUGGAAAAAUCACUUCAUGACGUUUCAGAGUCCGAGUUGCCUCAACAUGACGUCACCGACCUUGUUUCUCCGGACCCGCUGAAAAAACUAAGUAGUGACGUCACCAAGGCUCCAGUCGGAAGCCGGGUCCCAAACUCUGCGGAAGCUUGGGAGGCGUGGCCCACUUUGUGUCCCGCCCAGGUAGCUUCCUGGUUCUUUGCUACGCUGGCCGCAGUUGCAGAGUCGCUGAUCCCUGUCCCUGGCGCUCCGCGCUUGGUACACGCAGCUCGCCACGCGGGUUUCACCACCGUCCUCCUGGCUACACCUGGGCCUCCGCGCCACGUCUUGCUCUUCGAUCUGAUCCCAGUGGUGUCCGUGGCUGGCUGGCCCGAAGGGGCUCGUAGCCACUCAUGGGUUGGUCCGCUGGCCCCAGAAUCGGCUUCCUUCUACCUGGUGCCGGGCGGCAGCACUGAGCGGCCAGACACCUCCUGCUGGCUGCUGUGCUUCGCUCGCCAGGAGCUGGCGCUCAAGGCGCGCAUACCCGCCCCCCUUUUGCAGGCUCAUGCGGCGGCUCAGGCGCUACUGCGCCCACUGGUGGCUGGAACCCGGACGGCGGCGCCCUACCUUCUGCGGACAUUGUUGUACUGGGCGUGCGAGCGGCUGCCCGCGCUCUACCUAGCGCGAUCAGAAAAUGCAGGAGCCUGCUGCCUCGGGCUGCUAGACGAGCUGGGCCGUGUGCUCGAGGCCGGGACAAUGCCUCACUAUUUUCUGAGUGGCCGAAAGCUCCGUGCGGGGGACGGCUCCGCUAUGCUGCUCGGGGAGUUGGCCCGGCUCCGCGGGGACCCUGCCCGGGCUCUGCGUACCGCUGUAGAGGAGGCCAAGGUUGCACGCAAGGGGGGAGGCUUAGCGGGCGUGGGCACCGAGGCCCAUUAAAGAUCCUGCUCCUA